CGGUGCGGACAAAACCCUGCAGGAGGCUGCGAGCCCUGCAGAGCUGCUCGCUGCGGGGUGAGGGCGGGGAUCGGCGCCGGGAUCGGCGCCCGCCGCGGAGCUGAGCUGCGUAGGGGCUGAGAGGCGGCGGGAGGGGCCGGCGGAGUGCGGGAGCGCGCCUGCUGACAUGUUGGGGGCAUCCCUGGCCGGGCCGGGCCGAGGCUAGGAGCGGCGCUGCGGGCCGGGGGCGGGUCGUGGUCCGUCCCUCCGUCCUGCCCUGCCGGGGACGUGCGUUCCACUCUCGGUCGCCUCGGAGAGGGAGCGAGGGAAGCGGCUGGAGGGUCGGGGACAAGGGGCAUUCGCUUGAGGCUGGAGGAGGCUGAACUGCGUCCCCGCCCAGCCCGUGCCUAUGCGGUACUUGAAGGAUGGCGAAGAGGUCGCGCAGUGAGGAUGAGGAUGAUGACCUCCAGUAUGCUGAUCAUGAUUAUGAAGUACCGCAACAAAAAGGAUUGAAAAAACUCUGGAACAGAGUAAAAUGGACAAGAGAUGAGGAUGAUAAGUUAAAGAAGUUGGUUGAACAACACGGAACUGAUGAUUGGACUCUAAUUGCUAGUCAUCUUCAAAAUCGUUCAGAUUUUCAGUGCCAGCAUCGAUGGCAGAAAGUUUUAAAUCCAGAAUUGAUAAAGGGUCCCUGGACUAAAGAAGAAGAUCAGAGGGUUAUUGAAUUAGUUCAGAAAUAUGGGCCAAAAAGAUGGUCUUUAAUUGCAAAACAUUUGAAAGGAAGAAUAGGCAAGCAGUGUAGAGAAAGAUGGCAUAAUCAUCUGAAUCCUGAGGUUAAGAAAUCUUCCUGGACAGAAGAGGAGGACAGGAUCAUCUAUGAAGCACAUAAGCGGUUGGGAAAUCGUUGGGCAGAAAUUGCCAAACUACUUCCUGGAAGGACUGAUAAUUCUAUCAAAAAUCACUGGAAUUCUACCAUGAGAAGAAAAGUGGAACAGGAGGGCUACUUACAAGAUGGAAUAAAAUCAGAACGAUCCUCAUCUAAACUUCAACACAAACCUUGUGCGACUAUGGACCAUUUGCAAACCCAGAAUCAGUUUUACAUACCUGUUCAGAUCCCGGGCUAUCAGUAUGUGUCACCUGAAGGCAAUUGUGUAGAACAUGUUCAGACUUCUGCAUUUAUUCAGCCACCCUUCAUUGAUGAAGAUCCUGAUAAGGAAAAAAAAAUAAAGGAACUUGAGUUGCUUCUUAUGUCAGCUGAGAAUGAAGUUAGAAGAAAGCGAAUUUCAUCGCAACCUGGAAGCUUUUCUAGCUGGUCUGGUAGUUUCCUCAUGGAUGAUAGCAUGUCUAAUACUCUAAAUAGCCUCGAGGAGCACACUAGUGAGUUUUACAGUAUGGAUGAAAAUCAGACUCUCUCUGCUCAGCAGAAUUCACCCACAAAGUUCCUGGCCGUAGAGGCAAAUGCUGUGCUGUCCUCUCUACAGACCAUCCCAGAAUUUGCAGAGACUCUAGAACUUAUUGAAUCUGAUCCUGUAGCAUGGAGUGAUGUUACCAGUUUUGAUCUUUCUGAUGCUGCUGCUUCUCCUAUCAAGUCCACCCCAGUCAAACUAAUGAGGAUUCAACACAAUGAAGGAGCCAUGGAAUGUCAAUUUAAUGUCAGCCUUGUACUUGAAGGGAAAAAAACCAGUUGUAAUGGUACAGACAGUGAGGCUGUUCCUGUAACAUCCCCAAAUGUGGCCAAGUUUAGCACUCCACCAACCAUCCUCAGAAAGAAGAGAAGAAUGCGAGUGGGUCAGUCUCCCAGCAGCGAACAUAGCGAUGGCUCUUUCAAUGAUGGCGGUAAUACAGCACUAAAACACACACCGGUGAAAACACUACCAUUUUCUCCUUCACAGUUUUUCAACACAUGCCCUGGAAAUGAACAAAUUAAUAUAGAAAAUCCUUCAUUUACAUCAACCCCUAUUUGUGGGCAGAAAGUUCUCAUUACAACUCCUCUUCACAAGGAAACAACCCCCAAAGAUCAAAAGGAAAAUGUAGGGUUUAGAACACCUACUAUUAGAAGAUCUAUAUUGGGUACCACACCAAGAACUCCUACACCUUUUAAGAAUGCGCUUGCUGCUCAGGAGAAAAAAUACGGACCUCUUAAAAUUGUGUCACAGCCACUUGCCUUCUUGGAAGAAGAUAUUCGGGAAGUUUUAAAAGAAGAAACUGGAACAGAUAUAUUCCUCAAAGAGGAAGAUGAACCUGCUUACAAAAGCUGCAAACAGGAGCAUACAGCUUCUGUAAAGAAAGUCAGAAAAUCACUAGUCCUAGAUAAUUGGGAAAAAGAAGAGCCAGGUACUCAACUAUUGACUGAAGACAUUUCAGACAUGCAGUCAGAAAAUAUAUUUACAACAUCUUUAUUAAUGAUACCAUUAUUGGAAAUACAUGACAAUAGGUGCAACUUGACUCCUGAAAAACAAGAUAUAAAUUCAACCAACAAAACAUAUACACUUAAUAAAAAGAAACCAAACCCUAACACUCCUAAAGUUGUCACAUUGGAAAAGAACCUUCAGUCAAAUUGUGAAUGGGAAACAGUGGUUUAUGGGAAGACGGAAGACCAACUUAUCAUGACUGAACAAGCAAGAAGAUAUUUGAGCACUUACACAGCUACCAGCAGCACUUCAAGAGCUCUCAUACUGUAAUUGUUAUUAAAAUUGAUGAAAUGCCCCACUCUUAACUGUAUUCUAUACUAAAUUAGGUUGCAAUGAAAUUUUUGUCAAUUAAUUGUUUUUAAAGUUUUAAUACAGACCUAAGACGGUUUGCAUCUUUUUUCAUAUUGGGCAGGCAGGAAGCCCAGCCACUUAAGUAAGGGGUCAGUAAUUUCAUAGUUAAUUUUUUAAUAGAUGAGAUUUUUAAAAAUUGUUUUUAAAGAACAAGAGGGGAAAACCGUAUUAGAAUGUUAUGGAUAUCCUAAAAGUAAAUUCUCACUUAUUUUCUUCAGAAGAUAUAUGUUGCUACUCUCUUGAUGCUGCAGUUUUGUUACAGAUAGGUUUAUGAGUAUGUAUUAUUUCUGUAAUUAGUCUAUGUAUGGGAAGCACACAUGGUUUUAUGAAGUACUUUUGCCUACGUGCUGAUUUACUUAGGCUACCAUUUACAAAGAAAUACAGUGGAAAGAAAUUGAAAAGAAGGAGAGAAAGUUGCACUACUAAUUUUUGGUAUUUUUCAAAAACAAUAAAAUUAACUACAGUGUUAAAUGUAUUUAUUUGAGCAUAGUACUAAAAACAAAAAGCAUUGAAAAAGGUUUUUUUCCUUAUUAGUAAAGAGUCAGUAUUUUCUUCAUAAAUCUCAGAAGAGCUGAGAGUUUUGUUGAAUGUAUUGUACAGUAUGUAGGAAGAGCAAGAAGACUUUGUGAAUUGGAAAGAAGUCUUUUUAUAAUUUAUUUUCACUUUUAAAGCUUAAAUGUAGAUAUUUAUACCUAUACAGGGUGUCUAGAAGCCAGUGUUGUUUCCUGUUAUUUACAGCUAACAUGCAGAACAAUUUUGAUGUUUAAGUAUGAAAUAAGAAACAGUAGUAAGUUAUAGCUGCAAAGAAUACAGUAUCUAUACUGUGUGUCACAUCUACCUAAAUAUUGCACUAUGCCCUUUAAAUCAUGUUGGUUAUAAAGUAGUUCUAAAAAUGUACUAAAUAAUAAUUUAA